AGUAUCGGAGUUCCAGCCUUCGGGGUCGGACGUGUCGAUCGGGCGUAACUUUGUUACACGCGCGCCAAAAUACGACACGAUUUUUUUUUCAAUUAUUAUUUUGUUCAUCUGUGAUUGUGCCAGUGCUGUGAUUUACUCAAAUGAUUGUGUCGUAGUGAUCGUUCAUGAGCCGGUAUGGAUGGUGAAAACCGUAUCAUCUUGAAUGUUGGCGGUAUAAGAUACGAGACUUACAAGGCGACCUUGAAGAAGAUCCCCGCGACGCGACUGUCCCGGCUGACGGAGGCGCUCGCCAACUACGACCCGGUGCUCAACGAGUAUUUCUUCGACCGGCACCCAGGGGUCUUUGCCCAAGUCCUCAACUACUACAGAACGGGAAAGCUACAUUAUCCUACGAAUGUGUGCGGUCCACUCUUUGAAGAGGAGCUGGAGUUCUGGGGGCUGGACUCCAACCAGGUGGAGCCAUGCUGCUGGUCUACUUACAGCAUACACAGGGACACGCAAAAUACCCUGGCCAUUUUGGACAAGCUGGACAUCGACAGCGAGAAGCCUUCAGAAGAAGAAAUCGCCAGGCUUUUUGGCUACGAAGAGGCUUACUUUUCUGGAGAACUUGGAUUCUGGCAACGACUUAAGCCAAAAGUCUGGGCGUUGUUUGAUGAACCUUCAAGUUCACCAGCUGCAAAGGUGAUAUCUGUCAUAUCGGUCUUCUUCAUCUGCAUAUCAGUGCUCUGCUUCUGCUUGAAGACCCAUCCUGAUCUCCGAGUGACGAUGCCUACGAUAGCGCCACCAGAAAGUAAACCCUUAGACAAUUCUACGAUACUAGAGACUCUCCUUUGGCUCGAUAACGGAAAGCCACAUAUAGCUUUCUUCUACAUCGAGUUAGUCUGCAACGUGUGGUUCACAAUCGAACUACUCAUCAGAUCUGUGGUAGCACCGAACAUAAUAGAAUUCGUGAAGUCCCCAGUAAAUAUCAUAGAUUUUAUAGCAACGUUGAGUUUUUACAUGGAUGUCGUGGUAGAGCUAACAAUAGUUAGACAGUACGUUGAUAAAGCAGAGAUUUUGGAGUUUAUCUCUAUCAUCAAGAUCCUGAGGCUGUUCAAGCUGACCAGACACAGUCCAGGGCUGAAGAUCUUGGUGCACACCUUCAAGGCGUCAGCAAAGGAACUGACGCUGUUAGUGUUUUUUCUGGUCCUCGGAAUCGUGAUCUUCGCGAGCUUGGUGUACUACGCUGAGAAAUCGCAGGAUAACCCAGAGAACCAGUUUAAAUCUAUACCCCUCGGUCUUUGGUGGGCGAUCGUCACGAUGACCACUGUCGGGUAUGGAGAUAUGGCGCCCAAGACUUACCUCGGGAUGUUUGUGGGCGCUCUCUGCGCCUUGGCUGGAGUGCUCACUAUCGCGCUGCCCGUUCCCGUGAUAGUAUCCAACUUCUCCAUGUUCUACUCCCAUACUCAGGCGCGGUCAAAGCUUCCUAAGAAACGGAGGCGAGUGCUACCAGUUGAACAGCCUCGAAGGAAACGCGACGCCAGCGCCUCCAAUCGACGCGUCAAUGCUGUAAAACACCCGGUCGUAAUCAAGGAGUUUUCGCCGGGAGCUAAUAAAUUUGGUGUGAAUGGAAUGAACAUGAUCAGUCUGGCUCUACAGGGUCCACCAAACCUCCUGCGGCCACCUUCGACCCAGCCACUCCAAGCUAGGGCUCCUAUUGUUGAAAGUCCUAUCAUUCACACACAAUCGGGGGCGAUAUCGUUGGCGUCUCUGCAACCGCCUCUCCUGACCGCACCGCCCCUGCAACCACGCCCUGCAACCACCGGCUCCUUAGACCUCAUGCUGCCGCUACAACCGAAACUACUUCCAGGCUACAACCUGCAGUCUUCGUAUCUCUCGAACACACUGUCGACAGUUCGACCGCCAGAUUUCGAUAAAGAAAAAGAGUUCAAACCGAAAGUAGAGAUAAUAGUUGAGAAAGUAGAGUCGAUCGAUAGUGACAGUAGAGACAGUGAAAAUAAUUGUGUCGAUAGUGUUUGUAAGGACGAAGUCAAUAAUGUUAUUGAUAGUAGAACGACGAAUAAUUACAGAGAUAACGAGAAUAGUCCUAAUAAUAAUUCAUAAUGGUUGCGUUGUGUUGUGAAUAUCGGAGCCAGUAAUAAUAUUUGCGCUGUAAUCAAAACAGACGGUUAUAGAACAUGGCGAAGAAUGGUGAUAAUUAAUUUAAUAUUCGAAGCGAUUCAAAUCCCAAUGAAUGUAAGUAAACUGAAGAUAAUGCGCUAAAUAUAUUAAUAUAUUAAAAAAAGCACUAGCAAUUCUAAACAUAAAGUUUUUAUUACUAUUUUUUGAAUUCUGAAAUAGAAUAAUAAUUUUGACAACACAGUCAUUGUAAAUCAAUCAACGAUUCAGGUCGUACGUGCACGUGUUGUAUGUAACUAAUUAAAAUAAAAUAAAAAUAAUCUUCUCUCUGAAUAUAUCUAAUUAUUGAAGCGACCAGCACAAAAUACAGUCCACGCUCUACACACUUGGUACUCAAACACCCUAUAUAAUAUUUACAUAUAAGUUCAAGUCGUCACUCAUGAAUACAGAAAUGUUAGAGGCAAGCCAGGGUGCCGCUUUUAGCUAAGAUGUCUUUAUUCUCCUGCUACAUUGGGUAGAAUUGUGCAUAAGUUCGUUUGAACGCCGAGUGACUAGUGGAUAAUAAAUUUUAAAUGCACUGGCAAUUCUCAUUGUAGUCCCAAAAUAGACUGGUCUGGUAAAAUAUGUUAGUAAAAAAAGAUCGGACUCCACAUAAUUAUUCACCUAAAUUUUUCCUAUAAUGUGUUCGUUGUAGAUGAACGAAAUACGAGGAUCUGUAAUUCUAUAAGUAACAUCGCAACGAUAUAUAUGAAAAUCAAGCUAAGUAAUAACAUUAUAUAGUUAGUAAACGCUUAAGCGGCGUAAAUAAGUUGGCAGCGUCUUGGCUCUGACCCUGACAUCGCUGACGUCCAUGAGCGACGGUGACCACUUACCAUCAGGUGGGCUGUAUGCUCGUCUGCCUACAAAGGCAAGAAAUUUUUUUUUUUUUUUUCAUAAAAAUGUUGCUAAAAGUAUAUUAGGUCCGAUUCCUCUUUUCCACUAAUGUCGCGUCGUGGUCACUUGUGAAGCAGGCGCGGUAUAAGACUCAGUUGGAUUCAAAUAGAAGUCAAACUACUAUUUAAUUCGAUAAUCCAUAAAUUUGUGGCCGAAGCAAAAUAGUGGUCUCCCCUCGCCCUCAGGGUACCUCAACACGCCCUGGGACUCAUGAACAAUAUGAUUCACCUACUUAUUUAAAUCUUUCAAAAUUAUUAACUGGCUCACAUUUGUACAUAGAUUGAUACAUACAAAGAUUAACAAAUAUAAAGCAUAUACCUAUAAAACCCCAUACUAUUCGAAUACUAAUUAAGUUACUUGAAAUAUGAGAAAAUUUAGUUUUGUAAAAAUUGUAAGAUUAAUCGAAUUAAUUGUAGAAUAUCUAGUCAUAGAAAAAUGUGUCAAAUUUUAACAUUUACUGUAAUGAAGGUUACGUUGUUUUUUGUUUGUAUUGUUGAAAGGAAAAUAAACCUACUGUUUCAUAUUUUAAAUACGUAUUUCGAAUUAGAAGACGGAGGCCGAUUAAGUACCUAAUUAAUAAAAAAAAAAAAAAAGAUGUGUGGUGUCGUGGGACACCGGAUAAGAACGAAGCUCCUUAAUAUAAAAAUAUUAAUUUUAAGUUCUAUUCGAGGUAUAAAGAAAAUAAAACUGGAGGUUUCGCAACAACCCUUAUUGUGGUACACUUCAUUCACGGUUGUUGCGUAAGAGUUAGUGUAUUGCGCAAACAAACGCUCUGAGAUCGUGGUCAAUGAAUGGAUAAAAAAUAUUAUGUUAUUUUUUGUACGUUAUUACAAAGCUAAGUCGUACACUGUGUGCAUUACUAAUUUGUACGUUAUUACAAAGUUAAGUCGUACACCGUGUGCAUUACUAAUAAUAAUCUUACGUUACGGACGUUUUUUCCCGGUUAGGGUACCCCUCCACAUCAUGACAUAAAGAACUUCGUUCCGAAAAGCAUUCAAAUCAAGAUAUAUGUGGUAAGCUGUCUGUUUUCAAUACAUCACUACACUUUUUUUGUCCUUGCCUAAUUAUAAUGAACAAACAGUUUAACGAACUAAAAUAAAUAGUAGUUUAAAAAAACUAACAGAAAUACGAUUUUUAUAGAAAAUCUAACUAAAAAAUAGAAAAUAAUAUUUAAUAAAUUUGAAUUAAAAAUAGUGUAAGAAAAAAUAAUUUUAUUGUAAAAAAGCGUGGCGGUGCUUUUCAGAAAAUAUCCUGAACAGGUUAUUUUGAUAAUAAUCAACCCUUCUACUCAGAUAUGUUCAUAAAAUAUUUAUAACUACCGAUACCAUCCAUGCAGCCCACGCUUUUUUUUUUAAAUUAGUUUUCUAUUUUUAGUUGGGUUUUCUAUAAAAGUGUAUUUUGUUAUAAUAGUUUUUUAAACUACCAAAUUUCGAGUUAAUCCGACGUUUUGAAGGGGAUCAAAAUCAUGUUCAAAGAUUCCGUUACAAACAUACAUAGUCUGAAGCUAAUAAAAGCGUAUUAAUUACACUUACUCUUUAGGCAUAAUAAUAUGUUAUGAGAAAUACCCAAUCUUAGUGUAUUAAAGAUGUGAUAUUGCCACAAAUUAGUUUUGAGUGAAAAAGCGGUGCAAGUAAAAUCAAUAUUGUUAGUUUUAACGUAUUUAAAAUGUUUCUUGUUCACCACUGCCCUUUUUUUUUAUGCUGGGGAAUCCAUUUACGGAUACCCGGUCGAGAGGGGUAAUAGACCGGGUUAUGUCGGACUCCGGCGCUUCCAGAGAAGAAGAGGGAGAAGAGGAAGACCACUGGUAGUAGGACCUCUUGUGAGUCCGCGCGGGUAGGUACCACCACCCUGCCUAUUUCUGCCGUGAAGCAGUAAUGCGUUUCGGUGUAAAGGGUGGGGCAGCCGUUGUAACUAUACUGAGAUCUUAGAACUUAUAUCUCAAGGUGGGUGGCGCAUUUACGUUGUAGAUGUCCAUGGGCUCCAGUAACCACUUAACACCAGGUGGGCUGUGAGCUCGUCCACCCAUCUAAGCAUAAAUAAAUAAAUAAAACUCCUCCUCUUCUUCCAAUUCCUACCGGGAGACUACGAUUACCGUUAAAAUGGUGUCGCAUUACCAAUAAUCUACCUAAAUCUAAUUUCAUAUGUCAAUGAAUUUAAUUGAAAUUCGUGCCAAAUUAUAAAAACAAGCUUUUGUGAAUCUCAAGUGAUAUUUAAUUAAGUAAAAAAAACAACUUUUUAAUCCCCGCAAUGUGCCAAAAUGUAGAUAGAACUUAAAAUAGUUUUGUGAAAUCUAGUCUCUAGUGAAAGCGGUUGUUUGAAAUUAGUAAUUUAAUGUUAGUAAUUGUAUUAUAUUUGCGUUGAAGCACUUAUUAUUACUGAGUCGUCUAUUAUCAAAGGUGGCAAUCUGUGCAUUUGGACAAAAAAAUGUUAUUGAUAUGUCAACACAGAUUGAUUUGAAUAUAAUCGUCUCCUUCAAAGAAUACGUUUCAAAACCUGCAUUAAAUAAAGUAUUAACUUAACCUGUUAUUUAUCUAAGAUGUCGUUCCGAAGAGUUUUGUGACUGCCAAUGGAAUACAAAGUCAAUAAUUCGUUUUUCUGAUUUACCAAUAAUUGUCCAAAAGUCACACGGCCGGCUUUGAUAAUAGUCGACUCUACUAAAAGAUGAAUGCGAUCUAAUUUAAGAAUCUAAGUACACACAUACAUAUAAGAUUAUUAGGUAUGUUGUUUUAUUUAUAUGUAUUAUAUGUUUAUUAAAAUAAAACUUCAAUGUGUUGCUCCGAAAUAACAAAGAAACGACAUUUAGAGUUUAUUUAUAAUCUUGUUAGAAAUUAUUUUUCAUAAAAUUUUAUACAAUGACAUAAUAUUUAUCUGUCAAGGCUUCUCCACUUAACAGCACAUGCGCGGACGUUCCGGCACAUGUCGACAGCGCAUGCGUGACAUAAUUAAAAUUAAAGAAAGGAAUAACUUUCUUUACAUACAUAUAAAGUUCGUAUAAUCUAACACACUCCCAGUACAUAUACAAGACACGCUGAAGUACUCAAGUCAUUCAAAUAAAUUAGCGUACAUUAUUUAUUGGAUUAAUUGUCAAGUUGUUGAUUUUGUUACUGUAUUUUUUUAUAUAAAAUGUAAAAUAGUAAAGUUAAUGUCUACAUAAUUUAAGAACAGAUAUUACAUUAAUCAUUAGUAAUUAUUAUAUUUUAAACUCUAUCUUUGUGUAUAUAGCUAUAUGUUUUUUUAUUGUCCUUGUAGGCAGACGAGCAUACGGCCCACCUGAUGAUGAGUGGUUACCGUAGCCCAUGGACUUCAGCAAUGCCAGGGGCAGAGCCAAGCCGCUGCCUACCGAUGUAUGUAUGAUGUAUAUAUAUUGUUAACUUAUUCUAUGAUAUUUUGAUAUUCAAACUCAAUGCAACUUCAACACAUAAUACGAUUGAUUUCCUUAGAUUAUUCUUGGCUAUGAUAGUUAUCUGUUUUAAACAAUAGGUAAAUAGAAAUUCCAAUGUAGAAGAAUAAAGCCAAUUUACAGAAAAAAGUAAGAGCCAAACACGAAUCCGCAUAAGAUUCUUUUUAGUAUUAUCGUUCAUCUGCAAUGGGUAUUAGGAAUGACACAGUAGAGAUAUAACUCAAAAAUACAAAAUGCGAUUUUAAUUUUUGGCUUUAAUAUUUGUCCAUUUAGUAUCAACGCGCUACUAGAGCCCAUGGCGAUUAUAACGUGAUCACCACCAAAGAUACGAAGUUAUAUAUGAACCUCGAUAACCACUUUUUUUUUUUGCUCUUGUAGGCAGAUGGACAUACAGCCCACCUGAUGGUGAGUGGUUACCGUCGCCCAUGAACUUCACCAAUGGCAACGGCAGAGCCAAGCCGCUGCCUACCGCUUAAUACUCUCCACAAGCCUCUUUUGAAGAAGGUCAUUACAACUUGGACCACUAGGGCUGUGAGCUCGCUGGCUGCCCAGAACAAAAACACUAAAACUUUAAUGCUGGAGGAUACGUUAGUCUAUGGAUUGGUACUACCAACCUUCUUAUUAAUCAAGCAUGCAGUACAUUUUAGGGGAAUAGAAUAGCCGCUAAUUCCUAAACCUUCAUGAAUCGAGAGCUUUUCUGCCUAUCUAUCCUCAUGCAUUCACAUUCAGUCACGCCCGAAUUCUCUCCUUGGUAUACCUAUAUGUAUAUAAAAUGUUUGUAUAUAAAAUAAUCAUAGCUACAUAAACACUUCUAUUAGAUUUAGAAUAUUUUUCUAAUGUCACUGAAUUAUAAUUACAUUUAUUUUGAACUUGUACGUGUUUCCUGUAAGUCUUUGUUCGAAAAUGAAAAUAAAUUGGGAAGUUUUUAA